CAUACACACUUUGCUUGUGGAAAGGGCGGAUCAGGAACACACAAGUGACUGUGCGGUGACCGAUUAAACGGAGAAACGAAACUGAUAGCGGUAACUAGGAUACACCCGGUCUUUCCAUCAUACAGAUUCUGCUUGGCCUAGCUUGGCUCUGGGUCUGCUGUAAGGGGCCUGGCCCGGUUGCGGGUAAUGUGGGUGUCCACAGCAAGGUACCUGAGGCUGAAGUGUCCGCGACAGCGGUAACGAUUCGGUCUGCUGAGUGAGAGCAGAUAGUGAUCCUCUAUACAGCUGGCAUUGGAGACACAGGUACUUCAAGAUGCUGGAAUCGGAGAAGGAUCUGGUUGCGAAGAUGUUGAGGGCUGUAUUGCAGGCAAAUAAACAUGGUGUACCUCUAUCUCGGCUGCAAGGAGAAUACAAGUCACUUACCGGAGAGUUUAUUCCUUUUAAGGCAAUGGGCUUCUCUACACUGGAGGCAUGCCUGAAAGCCAAUCCUUCUGUAGUAAAAGUUGAAGUUAGUCGUGUUGGUGAGGUCACCUGUUUUGCGGUGGUUAAUAAAGAAACAGCCCAAAUUGCUGAGCUUGUUGCACGCCAGAGAAGUUCAAAAAAGAAAGCUGGAGGGCAAGUGAACUGCUAUAUGAGGCUGAAAUCUAGCUCUUCUGUCACACACAUAGGAAAGCCUAAAGCAACUCUCCGAAAACCUGGAUUCUCAUCUCAGCAAGAAAAGCCUAUGAGAAGACCAGCACCUUUAUCUGCAAGAGGCAGAGUGAACGUGUGGAGCAGCAGGCCUGCUCCUGAAUCUAUUCCCCUUGUUGCUCCUCCAGUGUAUGUUACCGGAAUUCUUAGAGAUGUUCCAAUGCAGAGGCACCCGUCUGUUGUACACAGGCCUGAAAGAAAAGCAACUCUUCCACCAAGAUUCCAAAAAGAUGGUAGUCCGGUUGUUUUUCAUUCAUCUCAAGUGGAUUCAAAUGCUAACAACAUGCAAGCAAUGAAAACGUCUCUUCUUGGCAGCCUCCCUCCCAACCUUUCAGUGGUUCAGAGCAAUCUCCGAGAGCUUUUUGGCAAAUACGGCAAUGGCGUUUGGAUGUCCAAAUUACCUCACCUGUACAGAUUCACUUUUAAACAGGAUUUAAAUGAUGAAGUGCUGAAGCAGAUUGUGAACUGGUCUCACAUUUGCACGGUCCAGAAGCUUACAAUCAAUGGUCAACUAGAGACUGUCUUAUACCCCCAAACCAAAAAAACACCAACUUCUGUAAAACCUCCCCAACAGCGUAGCAGUGAUCAAGUUAAAGCAAAUGUGUCUCCCGUUCAUACAAAAUCACCCUCUCACCAAAAACAAACUGCAAGCACGGUCAGUGAUGCUGAACUUAAGCAGAACAUUUCAGAAAUUUUAAAAAAGUACAGCAAUGGUCUUUGGUCUCAUGCACUACCCAAGGUCUUUGAGGAUACAUUCAAAAAGCAGUUUCCCCCUGAGGUUCUUCAAAAUCUGGAUUCACUUUCCGAUAUAUGCACAGUCGACCUUGUUUCUGGGGAGCCUUACAAAGCAAUCCUUUAUGCAAAGACUUCUUUAAAUGAGGAUCAUACUGUCUCUGCUAACAAAAGUAUAGAUAAUAAAACCUCAACGAGAGAACAAGAAGCAGAGCCCUUACCAAUGGAACAAUUAUCAGAAGAGAGUUCUGCAGAUUUAAUACCUCCACCUUUAGUAAUACCUUCAGAAGCUUCCCCCUCUGUACUAGUUGUAGAAUUAAGCAACACUAAUGAAGUGGUUGUAAGAUAUGUUGGACAAGAAUAUUCUGCUGCACAAGAACGUUUGGAGGAUGACAUGAAAGAAUUUUAUAGUAAAAGUUCGUUAUCUGUACCUGUCAGUUCUUUAAAAACUAAACAGCUUGUGGCUGUACGUGCAGAGGAGGAUGCAUGGCUGCGUGCUCAGAUAUCUUCAUUUGAGGGCAACAAAAUAAAAGUCUUCUAUGUUGACUAUGGGUUUGGUGAAGUAGUCGACAGUACUAAAAUAUGCAGGUUGGAUAAACAAUUUUACUCACUUGCAUUCCAAGCUACAAAAUGCAGAUUAGCAGGGUUGGAAGCCUUUUGUGAAGACAGUAUAAUUUUGAAGGCUGUGGAGUCUAACGCCUGCGGAAAGAUAUUGGCAGUGGAGAUACUGGAAAAGAGUGAACAACCUCUUGUUGUCCUAUAUGAUACUUCAGGGGAUGAUGAUAUAAACAUAAAUGCAAUGUGUCUUAGGGAACUGUGUGACAAGUCACUGACUAUACAAUUAAAGGCUAAUUCUUCAUACACAAAUGUGGUUGUAACCAAUGUCUGUUCUGAUGGAACCUUAGUCUGCCAAGUGCCCUCUAAGGGUUUGACCAAACUUUCUGAGAGUUUACAGAAGAUUGAAAGUUACUUUAAUUCAAUGCUUGUUACAUCAGAAGUUUUUGUUUCCCUUCCAUUCUGCGGUAAAAUGUGCUUGUUCAAUUGCAAAGGAAAAUGGUCACGUGUUGAGAUAACAAGUGUCCAUAGUAGUCGAGCCCUUGAUGUUCAGUUCUUAGAUACAGGAACAAUAGCUUCUGUGAAAGUGUCAGAGCUACGAGAAAUUCCAACUGCCUUCCUUCGUGAUUUUAUCUCUAUUCCGCCACAGGCUGUUAAAUGCUGUUUAGCAGAUCUUCCACUCAACAUUGGAAUGUGGACUCCUGAUGCAGUGCUUUGGCUAAGAAAUACAGUCCUAAAUUGUUCAGAAUGUAGUAUUAAGAUUGUCAAAAUGGAUGAGACAAAGGGUAUGGCAUAUGUUUAUCUUUUUACCAAAAAGAAUUGUCCAGAUCCCGAGAAGAGUAUAAAUCGUCAAAUCACAAAUGAAGAGUUGUGGAAACACCAAAAGGAUGUAUUUCUUAGUAUAAACUCUGGUGGAGCCAGUAUGGCAAAAGGUAAAAGUGAUGCUACUACUCAUGGACCAGGAGCAGCUCAUGUAGUACCACAUAAAGAACCAUCAAUUGCAGUGAAAAAAAUCAUAGAACAAGAUGACACUGUAACGCACUUAGAUUUACCACCACCUUUAUCUCUGCCGAAGCCUGGUGAGCACUUGGACAUCUUUGUGUCACUGGCCUGUCACCCUGGUCAUUUUGUCUUCCAAUCAUGGCAAGAAUUGCACAAGUUAGAGGUUCUUAUGGAAGAAAUGCUACUGCAUUACAGCACAACAGAAGAGAAACUUGUGACGCUAGAGAAAAACAAAAUAUAUGCCGCAAAGGUAGACAACAAGUCUCUCUGUAAGGAGUGGCGUCCAUCCAUACAGUGUGAGCUGUCUCCCUGCCGGACAGCUAGAGAUGCAGGUGUUAAAUGUGAACAGUGGUCUGAGGAGGCGUCUAUCGUUUUCAGAAAUCAUGUGGAGCAGAAGCCACUUGUAGCACUUGUUCAAACAGUUUAUGAGAGCAGUAACCCUUGGGAUCGGAAAGUGGUUGCAUACAUUGUUGACACAUCAUUACCAGACACUGACAUAUGGAUUCACGAUUUCAUGUCUGAAUAUCUUGUUGAGCUCAUGAAGGCUGAAUAG